GGCCGUGCGGGGUGGCGGCCGCCGGCGGGCCAUGCUGCUAAAGCUCCUGCAGCGCCAGACCUAUACCUGCCUGUCGCACAGGUAUGGGCCCUGCCUCUGCCUCGGCGGGCUCGUCCUCAUGAUCGUCUCCGCCCUGCAGUUCGGGGAGGUUGUCUUGGAGUGGAGUAGAGACCAGUAUCAUGUUAUGUUUGAUUCGUACAGAGACAACGUUGCUGGCAAAUCAUUUCAGAAUCGGCUGUGUUUGCCCAUGCCAAUUGAUGUGGUCUACACCUGGGUGAACGGCACAGAUGUUGAACUGAUCAAAGAAUUGCAACAGGUCAGGGAACAGAUGGAGGAAGAACAGAAAAUAAUGAGGGAAAUCCUUGGAAAGAAUGCAACAGAACCAACAAAGAAGAGCGAGAAGCAACUGGAGUGUUUGCUGACACACUGCAUCAAAGUGCCAAUGCUUGUCCUGGAUCCUGCACUGCCUAUCAACGUCACACUGAAGGACCUGCUGUCCAUUCAUCCUGCUUUACAAGCUGCUAACAAUAUGUUCUUUGUAGCAAAACCAAAAAAUCCUUCUACCAAUGUGACAGUAAUUGUUUUUGAUAGCCCUAAGGAUGUUGAAGCUGCCCAUUCUGGAAUGAUGAAAGACAACAGCAAACAGAUAGUGUGGAGGGCUUACUUGACUACAGACAAAGAAGUUCCAGGUCUGGUAUUAAUGCAAGACUUGGCCUUCCUUAGUGGAUUUCCAGCUACAUUCAAAGAAACAAAUCAGCUACGAACAAAACUGCCUGAGAGCUUGGCCUCUAAAGUAAAACUGUUACAGCUCUAUUCAGAAGCCAGCGUGGCUCUCUUGCAACUGAAUAACCCUAAGGGUUUCCAAGAACUGAACAAGCAAGCAAAGAAGAACAUGACUAUAGAUGGGAAAGAACUGAUGCUUAAUCCUGCUUAUUUAUUAUGGGACCUCAGCUCUGUCAGUCAGUCCAAACAGGAUGAAGAUAUUUCUGCCAGCCGUUUUGAAGAUAAUGAAGAGCUGAGAUACUCCUUACGAUCAAUAGAGAGGCAUGCCCCUUGGGUGCGACAUAUUUUCAUCGUCACCAAUGGGCAGAUUCCUUCCUGGCUUAACCUGGAUAAUCCUCGGAUAACAAUAGUGACACAUCAGGAAAUAUUUCAGAAUGUGAGUCACUUGCCUACUUUCAGCUCACCAGCUAUUGAAAGUCAUAUUCAUCGUAUCAGUGGCCUUUCUCAGAAGUUUAUUUAUCUCAAUGAUGAUGUUAUGUUUGGGAAGGAUGUUUGGCCUGAUGAUUUUUACAGUCACUCUAAAGGUCAAAAGGUUUACUUGACUUGGCCAGUGCCAAACUGUGCUGAGGGAUGUCCUGGCUCAUGGAUUAAGGAUGGUUACUGUGAUAAAGCCUGUAAUAACUCAGCAUGUGAUUGGGAUGGAGGUGAUUGCAUUGGUAACAGUGGGGGUAGUCGCUAUGUUGCUGGCGGAGGUGCAGUUGGAGGUAUUGGGAAUGGACCACCGUGGCAGUUUGGUGCAGGAAUAAGUGGUGUUUCAUACUGUAACCAAGGCUGCGCUAAUUCCUGGCUGGCAGACAAAUUCUGUGAUCAGGCCUGCAACGUCCUCUCAUGUGGAUUUGAUGCUGGUGACUGUGGCCAGGAUCACUUUGAAGAGAUGUACAAGGUGACACUUCAGCUUAAUCAGACCUACUAUGUUAUUCCCAAAGGUGAAUGUCUGCCCUACUUCAGCUUCAGCGAAAUAGCCAAGAAAGGAAUUGAGGGUUCAUAUAGUGAUAAUCCAAUUAUCCGUCAUGCUUCAGUUGCUAACAAGUGGAAGACUAUCCACCUCAUAAUGCACAGUGGCAUGAAUGCAACUGUGAUCUAUUUUAACCUUACAUUCCUAAAUAAAAAUGAUGAAGAGUUUAAAAUGCAAGUAGCUGUUGAAGUUGAUACUAGAGAGGAACCAAAACUGAACACAACUUCCACACAAAAAUCCAACUCUGAUUUUAAAAGUAUAACUUCAGUACCAGAAGCUGAAAUGAUAUUUGAGGAUAUUCCUGAAGAAAAACGCUUUCCAAGAGUCAGGAGACGUCAAAAUGGCACAAAAGAGAGUCUGCAUGAAGAGGUGAUAGUACCAUCAGUAAAUGUGUCUCUUCUUCCUGAAAAUGUUCAGCUGGAACUGCAGAACCUGGACUUAAAACUACUAAAUGGUGAUAUCACUCAGAAAGGAUUUAAUCUAUCCAAGGCUGCUCUCCUGAGACCUUUCCAGUUCUUAGCUACAGUGAAGAGUAUUAUAGGCCUGGAAAAGAAGGGUAUGCAUAAUCAUUCAGAAGAUCAGAAGAACCAUACUAGCUGGAAGAAGCCUUAUAAAGCUGUAAAUAAUGGCAAAAUAGAAACCAUAAAAGCAAAUGAAGAAGUUCCUUCAAGGCCUAUGGGAACAAAGGGGACUCUUGUGACGAUGAACACAAAUGAAUCUAUUUAUAAAGUAAAGCCUAAAGCCACACUUGCCUCCCAGAGCAUGGGGAAAAAAAAUGAAACUCGAGAAAAAGUAUUGAAUGCACUCAUAUUAAGGGAAACACAGAAAUCAAAACAUACUGGGAAUUUAGAUACUGGAGAAGGCGCACAGGGAAUGGAAGGAGGAAAAGAGCAGGAGGAGGUGGAUACAAAUAAAAGGGAGGGGCUAGUGGGAAGAAAAUUACAGUCUUAUGCUGGAAGUUACCAAGGCUUUUUGCCAUGGGAGAAAAAGAAGUAUUUCCAGGACCUUCUUGAUGAAGAAGAGUCCUUACUCAAACAAAUGUCAUACUUUACUGAAGGGAAGCAUUUUGGAAGGCAGCUGAAAGAUACAUUUGCUGAUUCCCUUCGAUAUGUAAAUAAGCUUUUAAACAGCAAGUUUGGAUUUACAUCUCGUAAAGUCCCUGCUCAUAUGCCUCACAUGAUUGACCGCACUGUUAUGCAAGAGCUGCAGGAUAUGUUUCCUGAGGAGUUUGACAAGACAUCAUUUCACAAAGUGCGGCACUCAGAAGAUAUGCAGUUCGCCUUUUCAUACUUCUACUAUCUUAUGAGUGCAGUUCAGCCACUGAACAUCUCUCAGAUCUUCGAUGAGGUUGAUACGGACCAGUCAGGCAUCUUGUCUGACCGAGAGAUUCGUACAUUGGCCACGAGAAUCCAUGAACUACCACUAAGUUUGCAGGAUUUGACAGGUCUAGAACAAAUGCUAAUAAAUUGCUCUAAAGCUCUUCCUGCCAACAUUACUCAGAUCCAUGUUAUUCCUCCGACUCAGGAAGCAUAUUAUGAUCCAAAUCUGCCUCCAGUAACCAAAAACCUAGUGACUAAUUGCAAACCUGUGACCGACAGAAUUCGUAAGGCAUACAAGGACAAAAACAAAUACAGGUUUGAAAUCAUGGGAGAAGAGGAAAUUGCCUUCAAAAUGAUUCGCACAAAUGUUUCUCAUGUAGUUGGUCAGCUGGAUGACAUACGAAAAAAUCCCAGAAAAUUUGUUUGCCUAAAUGACAAUAUUGAUCACAAUCACAAGGAUGCUCAAACAGUGAAAGCGGUGCUCAGGGAUUUUUAUGAAUCGAUGUUUCCCAUACCUUCCCAAUUUGAGCUGCCAAGAGAAUAUCGGAAUCGUUUCCUUCACAUGCAUGAACUCCAAGAAUGGAGGGCAUAUAGAGACAAGCUCAAAUUCUGGACCCAUUGUGUUCUAGUAACACUUAUUGUAUUUACAGUCAUCUCAUUUUUUGCUGAACAGCUAAUUGCACUUAAACGAAAGAUUUUUCCAAGGAGAAGGAUCCAAAAAGAAGCUGGUCAUGAACGAAUCAAAGUGUAGAAGAGCUUUAUUUUGGAGAUCAGUCUACCUCAAGAUGUGAUUAAGCAUUUUAAAUCUCUUUCAUAAGUGUCUUUUCUGGUUUAACAUUUAACUAUGUUGAUAUGAAGAAAAAAAUCGUGCAUCUACAGUUAGAAUCUCUGCAGUACUUUCAUGACAUAAAAGCUGUUGGAGCUGUGACAUCACAAAACAACAAAAAAUAAUUGCCGGAAACCUGUACAUAAGCAGUUUUCAACAGAUCUUACUUUAUGACUCAGUUCCAUGGCCAUGUUAUCCUUUUUUAUAAAAAGGGUUACCUAAACAAAUGUAACUGCAUUUAUUGCAGUGGAUAUUGCCAACAAGAUAAAAUGUUGGAAGGAAAUGUUGUUUGGGAUCAGCGUAACAAGUCUUUGAUCUUGCAUUCCAAAGCAUUUUGCAAAUUUCUGUCAUUGCUGCUUUUUUUAGACCUAUGGGGAAAUGGAGAAUUAUGUAACUUGUCAUUUAAAUUUAGUAUACAUUUAUAGAUGUUGACAUUCUUUAAAGCACAGUGACAAUUCAUCUCCCUAUUUGUAGUAUUUAGCUGGGAUUUGGAAGAAAUGUAUGCUAAUAAAAAAAUUACACAGUAAUAAAACACCUAAUGGUUAUUUGAAAGGUACUUUAUAUCUGGUGUAUUCUACUCCAGAUAAUACAAUUAUGUUAUUUCUUGCCUUGAUUACAAAGAGAGGGUUGUAACGCAAGGAAAAUGAUCAAGGAAUAAUAUUUUACAAGCAUUGUAAGUAUAAAAGCAAAAGUGCCUCUCUAUAUGAAUGGGUAACAAACUUUUAAAGUAGAAAAGUAUGGGAGCAGUUUUUCACUUCAGAAAACAAUAUUUGUACUGAUAUACAAAGCUUUGGUGUUUUUAAAUUUAACAGGGUUUGGCCCUGUGUUUUGCUGAGACAUCAGAGUAACGUGGUUUUAUGUAGGAAAGGAUACUGAAUCUUUUCAAGCAGAAACUUUUGGUGGUGCAUCUUCAGUUAAUUGUGUUAACAGUAUUCAGAAAAGCAUUAAUUUUUGUAAUCAGAUGAUGUACAAAAUGUAUGUGCAUAUGUAUUGUAAGAUACUUGGUUUGCUUUGAAAUUAACUAAAAUGUGAUGAAAGUUGUCUGUUGUUUCUGUUUUAAAGUAAACAAAAACUCGCCCAUUUUGAUAAAUUAGCCAGUAAUGUGUACGAAACCUUAUAUUAUUUGUCCCUUAAAAAACUUCCAACUAUAGUAAUUUAGUAUUAUUUUGAAGCAUGAAUCUGUUCUCAAAGUAGAAUCAAACUUUUAAGCACUAUAAAAAUGCAAGCACUUUUAAUUGUAUUUCAUGCUAGCAAUAUAUCUUAUGCUGAAAUGUAGAAUAUAAAUAAGUAGUUUAAAUCUGCAGUACUUCAGCCUAGCAGAAAAUGAGACAUUUCAAGAAAUACAAGAAAGCUUUGAUAACUUCUUACACUUGAAAAUAUUAGGUAGAUUUGAGUUUGACUGGGAUUUUUUUUUUUUAAUUAUAUUUGACGUUCUAAUCAAAACAGUUGGAAAAUCUUGGUUGAAAUUUUCAAGGCAGUUUUUCCUAAUGAAGUUAUGUAUCAACAAGCAGAUUGCAUAGGUAGCUCAGCUGUCACUGCAAUUCCUUUUUGUUUAGGCAAAGCUUCUUUGUCCCAGCCAUGUGUCCCACGUUCCCACGGCGUUCCUGGCUGGGGGGACAGAGCAAGACCUGGGAUGCUGUGCAGGCCCUGCACCACCCUCAGGACUGCUGUGAGGAAAGUCAACUCCACCCCAGGCAGACCCAGGGAAAACUUAAACUUGGUCAAGGAUGUACCAAGUAAAAUUUCUCAAGUGGUUGGGGUUAAUGAGAACAUUGGAAAUUGAAAUAGCAUUAGGAUUCUUCUUUAAUUUAGGUUUGGUUUUCACAAGUAAAAAGCAGAAUACUAAAAAGCAGAAUACCUUAACUGGCUGAGGGCAGGAAAUGAGAAUCUGAAACAUAAAACAUGUGGCAGAAAAA